CCACUGUACUACAUAAGUAAACGAUUUUCUUGGAAAAUAUAAUAUGUAUUUUUCAUACAAAUUAACAUAAACUAUCUAUAUUAAUAAUGUAAACCAUUUCUAAUAACAGCAAUUUUGCAUUAAAAAUUCGUGGUGUAAAGAGGUGACACAUAAUUUUUAUUGAGCACCCACAAAUGUUUGAAUAAAUGAUAAAUUCAAUCAUAAUUGGAAUCUAUUAUAUGACGCACAGGCGUGAAAAUAUUAAUAUUUGAAUUCUGAAUAUUUAUGUUAGAUAAAUUGAAAUAACAAACUCUUUAGUGAUAGAAAACAUAAUAUUGUUGAAAUGACGACUGUUUUCAAAUCAACUAUUGAGCCUAUUUUAGCUUUAGGCAAGAUUUUUGGUUUAAUUAACAUUUCUUAUAUACUCGAACCAGGUGGAUUAUUAACUUUCAACAUUCACUCAACAUAUUAUUAUACAUUUCUUGAAUGCACACGUACGAUUGUAUUGUUAGCAUUCACAUAUCUAGUUUAUACCGAAGAAUUAUAUUAUGUCGUAAAUUACCGUUUGGUGAAAUUUUGGAUCGCUAUUAUUGCAGCAAGAUUAUCAGAAAUAUGGAUAGUAAAGUAAGAAUAAAAAAUAAUUAUACCAAAACCGUUAAAAAAUUAAAAACAUCACAUAGAAUAAAAUUCCUAAAACCAGACCUCAAACUCGGGGACAGUAAAAUUAUUAUGUAUGACAGAACUAUAGAUAAAGCGAAGGAGUAUGCACAGUAGUAUAAUUUCUAUGUACUACGAACAUUAAAAGUAAAAAUUAAUGUUGACUGGUCAGAAGAUAGAAGACAGAAAAAAAGAUAUUACUACCAUUUUCGUCGUUUUCAAAUAAUAAAAAAAUAAUCAUUGAAUAACUAUUAUUUUGUAUAUUUAAAUAGAAUUUGAUGUAUUAUAUGUAAUAGAUAGCUAUUACUUUUUUGUACAUUUAAAAAAAAUGUUUGGUAAUUUUUUGUAACAUUUGUUUUAGAUUGAUUAAUGGCAUUAUACAGUUCGAUGAAAAACUGGCAUUACUUUCACCGGCAUUUCCGGUUCCCCAUCAUUCAAUAAGUAAAAAGAAGUGGAAUAUCAUAUUGGUUUCAUUAUUUUUAUACUUCGUUGCAUAUGAAGUAUAUGACAUAUACUUAUGGCCACCAAACUCAUUUGAUUUAAGCACUUUCCUCAUUUUUUUUUUCGGAAUGCCAUACAUGAUGGACUAUGUAAUCAUUAUAACCGUAUUUUUUUAUCUCACCAACAUCGAGUGUAGAUUUCAAACAUUAAACAAUUUCUGGAAGUGCCUCCCUCGUGGAUUAGUAUCCAUCCCGGGGGGAUGGACAGAUUCUGAAUUGGUUAUGUUAAUGGAGAGCAUUAGAUUGUUACACGCCGAACUAUCUCUGUUGUUCAAAAUAUUCAGUCGGAGUUACGGUACACUGCUGUUAGCAUUUUUCGUUUGCUGUAUUAUCGAUGUUAUAUAUUUAAUUUAUUUGAUGAUCGAGCUUGAAAAUGUUAUAAGACAUGUGCCGUUGCACAUGCUCAAUAUUCAAAUCGUUUUGUUUUUGAUGUCCGUCAUCCUUGCUGCCACAUGGAUAAAUGAAAAGAAAAUAAAAAUUGUAUCAUAUCUACGAUUGAUUCCAAUUUCAAAAUUACCCGUUGAAAUCAAAAUGCAAAUCAAAAUGUUUCUGUAUCAAAUAUCACUGUUGGAGUCAAAUGAAGUUAGUGCUUUUGGGUUUUUCAAUAUAAAUUUGAAUUUAGUUGUAUCAAUUGUCAUGUUACUGAUGACUGGAUUUUCAACCAUUUUGCAGAUGAAAAAUCACCCCAUUAUUUUAGCAAUGGUUAACAACACAAGAAUCUAUCACAGCCAUUGGGAAAAUGUGUAUGCUAGCAACUACUCAAAACGUUUUACAUCUGAAUAAAAAUACAAGUUAUUAUUCAAUAAUUAACUGUUAUGAAUAACAUUUUAAGGCUCCUUAGUGUUUCUAAUAACAUGGAAAGUAGAAAGUAGAAAGUUGUAGAUGAAUACUCAUACUUGUAUGGAGCUGACUCUACAUCCACCACAUAAUUUGUAAGAACCCUCCAUUUGUCUGAAUUAUUUUAUUAUAAAUAUUUUACUUAUACUAUCUGUACCAAUUUUAUUUAUU